UCACUUCACAACCUUUAGAAAGCAUAUUGUGGUAGAUACAGUAAAAGUCACACAAAUACAUACAGGACAUACUCUUAUAGAUCCUUUUAGUUUUGCUGUUCAACUGCCUCUGAUUGACUGUAUUUUUAAUAUCUGUGACUACAGGACUGCUCGCUUUGCUGUUGAUAUUGUUGGAGUGGACCAGACCAGGCCUCCCAUCCCCUUUGAGGCCAAUCUGUGACCUGAGGGUCCUGAACCAUUUCAUCAAGGAGGCACGAGACGCAGAAGUGGCUAUGAAGUCAUGUAGAGAAGGAUGCAGCCUGUCUGAGUCAGUCACUGUUCCCCAAACCAGAGUGGAAUUAGAUGUAUGGGAGAAGAAAAAUGCGCUGGAGCAAGCCCAGGAAGUGCAGACCGGCUUAUGGUUAUUAAAACCGGCCCUGAGCUUGCUGCAGACAUCAGUCACCAACACGGCCCUGCUCAGCCACAUUGAUAACUCCAUCCGAAACCUGCUCAGCAUCAGCGCUGUGCUGCGCAGCCUCAACAUCCAGGAAUUUACCCCACCAGCAAGUGCAGCAGGGCUUGAGGGAACAUGGACGGUGUCCUCGUCCACAGAUUUGCUCCAAGUCCACGUCAACUUCCUUCGAGGCAAAGUGCGCCUGCUGCUUUUGGAUGCGCAGGCUUGUCAGCAAGAUGUAAGCUGACUUCUCCUCUCCAGGUGAAGCUCAUUUGUUUCCCAAGGCAAGAGGAGGGACUAGACACUGCUGAUCUGCACGCUGGCUGCUGGAAGCUGUGUGGAAAG